AUGCCUGCUAUGCCUGCUAUGCCUGCCUAUGCCUGCUAUGCCUGCCUAUGCCUGCUAUGCCUGCUAUGCCUGCUAUGCCUGCCUAUGCCUGCUAUGCCUGCUAUGCCUGCUAUGCCUGCUAUGCCUGCUAUGCCUGCUAUGCCUGCUAUGCCUGCUAUGCCUGCUAUGCCUGCUAUGCUUCCUAUGCCUGCUAUGCUUCCUAUGCCUGCUAUGCCUGCUAUGCCUGCUAUGCCUGCUAUGCCUGCUAUGCCUGCUAUGCCUGCUAUGCCUGCUAUGCCUGCUAUGCCUGCUAUGCUUCCUAUGCCUGCUAUGCCUGCUAUGCUAUUACUUCCUAUGCUAAUAACUACUAUAUAG